AUGUCUGCUCUCGAUAAGUCUCAGAAGAUUGAGUUUUUAGACUCGGAUGAAACUUCCAGCGCUUUGCGUGAAACAUCAGGCCUGCUGACCUGUCCCCCUGGACCCUACGGAACUUCCAUGUACAACCCAAUGUUGGAUGGCAGCUUUAUCUCAGAUGACGACAGCGCUAACUACGUUCAGAACAGCGUAUAUGCUGGGUCCCCGUUCGACAUCCGUCGUUCGCCUAGCCUGGAGUCUAACUGCAACCCUGUUCCUGAAGUGACUUCGUUCUCUCCUUCUAUUGGGUUCGAAGGCACCAAGCUCUCCAUCUACGUGGAAUCAUUCUAUGACUUGCUCAGCCCUCCAACUUGGACUUUCUCUGUCCUCUUUGGAUCCUACCAGUGUGAUUGCACCAUCAACACACUGCUAGUCGAGGAGUCUAGAUUCCAGUACGUGCUCACUGCCACUGCUCCUGCAUUCGUGUCCACCGCUUGUGCUGGCCUCUCGGUCCCUCUUCAAGUCGUUAUCAACGAUCAAGAGGCGUCCACUCAGCACUUUGCACGCAUCGGCUCCUUCACGUACGAUCAAGAAGCAAGGCAGAUGUCCCCACGCAAGCGAAGAAUGUCUUCGGCCUCUGAUGGCAGCACUUGCGCUUCCACCAACUCAACCUCUGCCAAGCAAAUGCGAAUCAACGAUGGUGUUAAGGUUGAGCGCUUGUCUACAUCUCCUUACUCGCCUUAUCUUCCAACGCCUAGCUCGAUGAGCGGUUACUCCGGACAGUACCAGCAGGUCCUUCCCCAGGGACAGUACGAACAUCAAAUUCAGCUGAGAGCCACUGCACCCUCUCCCCUUGCGUCGUCUUGGAGCCCUUGCGUCUCCAACGCCACGGCAGUGUCAUGCAGUCCCCCAAUUUCCGUAACUCCCAUUGGGCAGGAAACUGAAAUUAACCAUGGAAACCCAACCUUGGUCCGCACCUCGACCAUUCAGCAGGCUCUUGCUGGAGCUCCAAGCCCCAAUGCGCCAUUCAACCCAUACGCGAUGUACCCAAGCAAAGCCGUUCUUAAGCUCAACGGUGACCUUGACGCCAUGGCCCUCAACUGGAAGCCCGAGGAGUGUGAAGCCCAGCGCCGCCUGGUGCAGUUCACUCGCCGCCAAGAAGGCAGCACCAUCCACGCUGACUUCAAGCCGGUGUCUCCUUCUGAGCGUGCUCCCAACAGCAUCUGCAUUAGCUGCAUUCAAUGGGUUGGCAAGAAGGAGUGCUACGUCACCAGCGUAGAUACCAUCUAUCUGCUCGAGUCUCUCGUUGGCGUCCGUUUCACUGUCGAAGAAAAGAACCGCAUCCGCCGCAACCUUGAAGGGUUCCGUCCCAUGACCGUAUCCAAGGCCAAGCCAGACAGCGAAGAUUUCUUCAAGGUGAUUAUGGGUUUCCCAAACCCCAAGCCUCGCAACAUCGAGAAGGAUGUCAAGGUUUUCCCCUGGAAGAUUCUCACACAUGCCCUCAAGAAGAUCAUUGGGAAGUAUUCCGCCAGCUACUCUUCCACAGCUGCGGCUUUGCCAGCCCCGCUUCGGUCAAACUAUUCGGGUAGCCCUAACAUGUCCAGCGCAAGUCUCGUGGAUGUUCGCUCUGGUUCUCCAGCUGGGCAUCCGCAGUCCAACAGCGUUACCAACACGCUUCAAUCCCACACUACCGCUCACCUUGCUCCAUCUAGCUAUCUACCUAUCAUGGGCACUAGUGCUGCACCUCACCCAAGUUUGACCGCUGCGUACAACUACUCUGGCAUUUCCAGCCGACACAUCCAGCCAUCCCCAGUCAUUGUUCCCAGCCAGGCCUCGUUUGAUUUCAGCGCGUAUAUCGGCCAUAACCAAAUGCCAACGUACCAGAGCUCUUAA